AUGGAGACAGAAACAUCAGCCUGCUUCCAGCAGGCCCUGAACUCAUUCAAGACUCAGUCAGGGCCCGGCCUGGUGGCAGAAUUUGAGAUGACAUCUUUGACGGAUCUUAAAAGCUCCAUCGCCAAAAUUCAAACGAAGCAAGCGACAGAAAGAAGGAUGCAGAAUAUGCGACGCAUUUCCAGCUUCAUUGGUAUAAUGGAGAGAUACGGUGAAGUUAUAGAGGUAUUUUUGAAUACGACUAAUAUUCUCGCAUUUGUUUGGGGGCCGAUGAAGUUUCUGCUCCAGGUACUGUUCAAUUCUAACCACCAAGCCUUCAUGAUUGCUGAAAUGUUGCAGGUUGCUAGCUCUGUAUCUGAAGCAUUCAACGAACUCUUAGAGACUUACAAGAUUAUUGGAGAAGGCCUAGAGCUUCUCGAACGCUGUAUUGGCCUGAUUGAUGGAAAGACCCUUGUCCAACGCGCCGUAGAGUCUAUGUUUCACGAUAUUUUUGCGUUUCAUGAAAUAGCGCUUGCUUAUUUCAGGAAGCCGAUGUGGAAGCAGGUCUUUCAAGCUACUUGGUCUACAUAUAAAGCGAGGUUUGGACCAGUUGUGGAGAGCUUCAAGCGCCAUAAACAAGUCUUCGAAGACAGACUGACUUUCGUACAACUCGAGGACAUCCGCUCAAAAGUGAUCACAGCAUCAGAAGAACUUGAAAAGCUGCGCAAUAAGGAAAAGCUGGGUCAGCUAAGGGAGAUCCAGAAUUGGCUGAAUAGCGCAGACGUCGCAAGCGACCAGCAUGCUUUUACGAGUGCUCGAAUAGGUAAAACACAAACCGGAAGUUGGAUUUUGCAUCAUCAACAAUACUGUUCGUGGAAAAAAGGAUCAACGCAGCCGUUGCUCUGGGUGAAUGGCAUCCCAGGAGCGGGGAAGACUAUCCUAGCCUCGACUAUCAUUGAAUACUGCCUAAAUAGUCACGAAUCUACGAUUUGGUUCUAUUUCAGGAAUGGCGAUGCACAAAGAAACUCCUUCCUUUGCUUUGCGGCUAGUCUCAUCUCACAGACACUCGCGAGAGAUACUGAUCUGCUACCAUACGUCUACGAAGAGAUGUGUCGCAAAGGUAAGCAAUCAUUCUCAUCGGAGAAAUUAGCCAAAGAGUUACUAGAUGUAAUGAUCAAGAAUACCGGUUAUACUUGUAUCAUCCUCGAUGGGGUUGAUGAAUGCGGCAAAGUUGAAAGGAAGAAGAUCCUCGAAUGGAUCCUCCAGAUAAUUGAUCAUCAGCGGAAUCCCCAAAGUUCAGACUCCAUAAUCUGUGCUAUUGUUUCACAAAAGGAUAGCAUCACCUCCAAGGCUUUGCGUCAUAUCCCAAGCCUGGAAAUUACUUCGAAGGAUACACGUGACGAUAUUUUUGCGUAUGUGUCAUCUCGAUGCUCCGAUAUUCAGAACAAAUUCCAGCUAGAUGAUGAAGACACAAAAGCAAUAGUAGAGCUUGUCAUGGGAAAGGCGGGGGGGAUGUUUCUUCUCGCAAAACUUGCAAUGAACAACCUAUACUGUCAAGUGUCAGCAAGCUCUCUGUUUAACGAACUGAAAACCAAGGACAUACCAAGUCAGCUUGAUCAGGCAUACGAUCGAAUUCUGAACAAUAUUCUCGAAGACCACGGUUCCCGCUCUUAUGCGAUUCAGCUACUUGGGUGGCUGGUAUGCGCAAAGCGUCAACUUAAGUGGCGGGAGAUACAGGGUGCGGUAUCAGUCGACCUCGAAGCCGAAGAUGUUGAUCUCCGAAAUCGUCAAUGGAUACUUGACUCUAAAGAUCUAUGUGAUUCGCUCGUCGAAAUGAGGACUGAUGGGUCUCUUGAGCUUGUUCAUGGAACCGCAAAGCUCUUCCUUAUCCGCACAAACCUCAUCGAUAUCAGACAUGUGGAGUUAAGUAUGGCUUCACUUUGUGUGGGCUACCUGGCACUACCAGGCUUUGAUAUGUCGCUCUCAUAA